CCCGUUCUUUCGUCUUGUGAACAAGAAUGGUUGCGGCCGCGCUUUGUUGCUGAGAAAGACAAAGACGGUGACGACGACGAGAGGGAGCUGCUGACCAAGAAUCUACUGCUGAAAUUUGACGCUGUUUGUCGCGGCCUGACAGCCGCGGUAGGGAGGAAGAAUAGUACUACGGCAAGCUUCGAGAGGAUGAAGAGCGCCAGGGCGGGCGGGGCCGCGCCAAGUGAAGAAGGGGAAGAUGAUGUUGAUCAUGAUCUUCUAGAACUAAACCCCAACAUUUCCAUCUCGCAGCUCCUCGGCCUCCACCGGUUCCUAAACGCAACGGUCACGAACCGCGAACAGUUUUCCUCCCAGCACUUAGAGUGCCCGAUGACGCGGAACAGCUUUGAAGACCUAGAUUUCGACGUCUGCACGCUUCUCGGCGAACAGACCUUCACGUGCGCAGCGAGUCGGGUUUUAGCGGAGAUGGAGAGAACAAGCGGAUGGGAAGAUGGCUCAGCCG